CGCUGCACGGGGUCCCGCCCACCCGGCUCUAGGCUCUUUCCCCCGGAAACUGCCUUGGUGGGUCCUGGCCCGGUCCACUGCGCCUGGGGAGCUGGUUACAACUGCUGCAAGCCGGUUGUUUGCUUGUUCUGGGAGCCACAGCUUCGGGCCAUGGAGGGGGACGGCCCCGCCGCCGCCACGGCCCCGCAGUACCAGCCGGCCUGCCCUACGCGGGACGCGUGUGUCUACAACAGCUGCUAUUGUGAGGAAAACAUUUGGAAACUCUGUGAAUACAUCAGAACCCACGACCAGUAUCUCUUGGAAGAGUGUUCCGCUGUCUUCAUAUCAAAUGAGGGGAAGAUGGUAAGUUGGUACCUAUUUGGAAACAGCAGGCAAGACCUGGGAAUGGACCUGUGAUCUGGGUCAGCUGCCGCUAGCGUGAUAGUAGACUGAACAAUCAUUUCAGUGCGUUUUCCCCACGAGAACUUUUUCCUGGGUUUGGAGCGCCAGCCUGCAUACAUGUCCCUUGAGGGUCCCGUGGUCCUCGUAGCCAUCGGCUGGUGCUGGCUUGUGCCUUGUGUCUGGGAGCGAGAGCACGAGGUAAAAGUAGCAUCCAUUCUGUAACCAAGCAGGGCCGUGGGAGCUGUCUUUAUCUUCUCCUUUAAAGGCUACAGAUGAGAGCUUGGUGAUUUUUUUGUCUUGUCUUGUUUUGUUUUUUUCCUUUUAAUUAGAAAAGUAAUAAAAAUUGGAAAUUAGUGUCCUCUCCAAACUACCCUUAGGAAGACCCCACUGGUUUGCAGUUUGGGGUGGGGGGCGGUCAGUAGCUUUCUGUCAUAGUAUCUACUACAUGAAGUGAAUCUCCAUAUAGGAAAGGUUUAUUCUGCGCUCAGUUUCUGGAUUUAGUCCAGGAUUGCUUGGUUCUGUGUAUUUGCACCUGUGGCAAGGCAGGAACACGUGGUGGGGCAGAGCUGUUUGUCUCACAGCCAAGGAGAGGAAGAGGAAGGAAGGGGCUGGGCUCCCAAUGUCCCUUUCAAGGCUAAGCCCCCAGUGUUCAGAAGACUUCUCACUAGGCUUCAUGGUUUUGGUUUUUCUAAGGUCUCAAUAUGUAGUUCUGGCUGGCCUGGAACUCUCCGCGUGCAUCAGGCUGAUCUCGGACUCACAGCGAUCCACCUGUCUCUGCCUCUUGAGUGCUGGGCUUAAAGUGCGUUUCACUGCAUCUGCCCUGGCUGCACCUCUGGAAGCCUCCAGUACUUCCCUAGUGCACACUGAUAAGUGAAGCUUUAACACAUGGGCUGUCGUGGGACACUGAAGAUCCAAAGUGUCGAAGAAGAUCUCUUUGUAGACUCCUGAAUUCAUAUGUGUGAAUGCGUACAUACAUUUGAAUUCACAUGUGUGUCUUUGUGCAAUCAAGCUUUAAAAUAUAAUACAAAAUACAUCUGUGUCCCACAGGUCAGUUUUUCUGUUCAAUUACAGAACAUGGGAUAUCACAUAACAGCGGGUCAAACACUGUCACUGUUUAGCCAUUUUCUAAUUACUGGACAUUUUUCUGUUUGGGGGGGUUUGUGUUUUAUUAUUUCUAUUUUGUUUUGCCAUUACAAGGAGGGUGAUAAUUAGCCCGGUAGCUGCUUUCCUGCUAAUGCUUGUGCGCUGAUCCUGCAAUGUUGGAAUUGACUGUCCUACACUAACUGGGUUAACCUCAGUGAUUGUUAU